AUGGAGACAGAAGUCAAAGUGUACAUGAUCGCUUACGGGAACAGCAAAGCAGGGAAACCCAAAACAGUCUCUGUGCAGAAGUUCAUCCUGGACUGGGCUGAAGGGAAAGAGAAUCAGGACGUCCAGCUCAUAUUUCCUCUUCCUUUCAGAGAGCUCAAUCUGAUGAAGGACAAAACACUCAGUCUUUCAGAUCUUCUUCAUGACUUUUUCCCUGAAACAAAAGAAAUAGACAUUUUCAGUGAUGAAUAUGAAGUGUUGUUCAUCUUUGAUGGUCUGGACGAGUGCCGUCUUCCCUUAAACUUUAAAAGCAAUGAGACUCUCACUCAGGAUGCGACCAAAGAGACAUCAGUGGACGUGCUGCUGAUGAACCUCAUUGUGGGGAAUCUGCUUCCCUCUGCUCUCAUCUGGAUCACCUCCAGACCAGCAGCAGCUGAUCUCGUCCCCUCAGAGUGUGUCCAUCGAGUGACAGAGGUACGAGGCUUCAAUGACCCACAGAAGGAGGAAUACUUCAGGAAGAGAAUCAGUGAUCAGAGUCUGGCCGACAGGAUCAUCUCACACCUGAAGUCAUCAAGGAGCCUCUUCAUCAUGUGCCACAUCCCAGUCUUCUGCUGGAUCUCAGCCGCUGUUCUAGAGAAGAUGUUGAGUCCAGCAGAGAGUGGAGAGAUUCCCAAGACUCUCACUCAAAUGUACACACACUUCCUGAUGGCACAGAUUAACAUUAAAGUCACAAAGUACAAUGAGAAGAAGGACACUGACAAAGAGAUGAUUUUCAAACUAGGGAAACUGGCAUAUGAGCAACUGGAUAGAGGCAAUGUGAUCUUCUAUGAGGAAGACCUGAGAGAGUGUGGCAUUGAUGUGACAGAAGCAUCAGUGUACUCAGGAUUGUGCACUCAGAUCUUCAGAGAGGAGUUUGGCUUGUAUCAGGGGAAAGGCUUCUGCUUUGUUCAUCUGAGCGUUCAGGAAAAUCUAGCUGCUCUAUAUGUGCACCUCUCCUGUACAAACCACAACAGAAAUGUGUUUGACCAAAUCCCCAAACAGAGUUUGCGGUCAAAAAACUUGUUUCAGCUCAAUUCAGAACAUGUUUCAUUAUCUGCUCUGCAUCAGAGAGCUGUGGAUGAGGCUCUACAGAGUAAAACUGGUCAUCUGGACCUUUUCCUGCGGUUUCUUCUGGGUCUGUCAGUGAAGACUAAUCAGAGUCUUCUACAAGGACUAAUGACACUGACAAAAAUCAGCUCUAACAGCAAUGAGGAAACAGUUGAGUACAUCAAGAAGAAGAUCAGGAACAUAUGCUCUCCAAAAAAAAUCAUCAAUCUGUUCCACUGUCUGAAUGAACUGGGUGAUCAUUCACUAGUGGAGGAAAUACAACAGUAUCUGAGAUCUGGAAGAAUAGCAGAAGCCAAUCUCUCCUGUUUGCAGUGGUCAGCUUUACUGUUUGUCUUGUUGACAUCAGAGCAAAUGAUGCAUGUUUUUGAGCUGAAUAAAUUUGUUAGAAGAGAAAAUACUUCAAAUAAAGUUCUUCGGAAGCUACUUCCUGUGAUUAAAGAAUCCACAUCAGCACAUUUAGAAGACUGCAAUAUCACAGACAAAAGUUGUACUGCUUUGGCUUCAGCUCUGAGAUCAAACCCCUCACACCUGAGAGAACUGGAUCUGUCUCAGAAUAAAAUAGGAGACUCUGGAGUGACUGCUCUCUCUGCUGGACUGGAGAAUCCUCACUGCAAAUUAGAGAAACUGGGAUUGAGGGAUUGUGGCAUCACAGGUGAAGGUUGUGCUGCUCUGGCUUUAGCUCUGAGAUCAAACCCUGAACACCUGAGAGAACUGGAUCUGUCUGAGAAUAACCUAGGACGUUCUGAAGUGCAGUUACUUUCUGACCUAAAGGAUGAUCCACAUUAUAAACUGGCGGAACUAUACUAUUGACUCUCAGUAUUUAGACGUCAGUCCAGUUUCCUCAGGAUCAGCUGAUGGUGAAUAAGGAGCCACUACAGAGACUGCAGACCCAGUGAUCACACAAUGUGUUAUCAUUUGUGAAAAAAUUAUUUGUGAAAUCAUUUUUUUCUGUAAACUUAUUUGAAAAACAAAUAUCGUACUUUUCACUCCACUACAUUUCUAUCACGGUCCUCGAUGUAGAAAUUCAUUACUAUGUAGCAGCUUUGAAUGUCAGUGGGUGAUUUUUUUCUUCUUCUCUAAAACAUUACU